UAUUUACCUUAUUCGAUUGGGUCAACUGACAAGAGUAGGACGGCGCUGGAGCUUUAUUGCCGUGUCCGUCAUCGUAUCGCGUCUCAUACAACCACUCGAGCCGAGCAGGAAGCCAGCCAGACAUCCUUGCCAGCGUCAUGUCCACGCAGCAGGCCGAGACCGAGGAAGCGGUGGCGCCCAAGUCCAAGCGACCUUCAGAUUCGGCUUUUAAGCAGCAGCGCUUGCCCGCCUGGCAGCCCGUCCUCACCGCGCGCACUGUCCUGCCCACCUUCUUUGUGAUCGGAGUGCUCUUCAUACCGAUCGGAGUGGUUCUCCUCCACCUGUCCAACACCGCCAACGAGAAGAUCAUCGACUACACCAACUGCAAGCCCGCCAACUCCUCCACCAGCUGUGCCGUCUAUCUGGAGAACAAUCCUGGCGGAAAGUGCACCUGCACCCAGAACUUCACCCUCGAGAAGGACUACAUUGGCAAUGUGUACAUGUACUACGGCCUGACCAACUACUACCAGAAUCAUCGGCGCUAUGUGAAGUCGCGGGACGACGAGCAGCUGCUCGGCCACCUCUCGCAGACGCCCAGCUCGGACUGUUCUCCCUUCGCCUACAAUCCGGAAAAUCAGAGGCCAAUUGCGCCCUGCGGUGCCAUCGCCAACUCGCUGUUCAAUGACACUCUGACCCUCAGCCAGGGCGGCGUGCCAAUAAAACUGUUGAAGACUGGCAUCGCAUGGCCUUCGGAUAAGCGCGUCAAGUUCCGCAACCCGGAGGGUAAUCUCAGUCUGGCACUGAAGGACUUUGACAAGCCGCUGUUCUGGCAGAAGCCCCUCGACGAGCUCGAUCUGGAAGAUCCAGACAACAAUGGCUUCCAGAACGAGGAUCUGAUUGUGUGGAUGCGCACCGCGGCACUGCCCAGCUUCCGGAAGCUCUAUCGCCGACUGAACCAGACGGAUGAGAAGUAUUCCAAGGGUCUCAAGGCCGGCGAAUAUACUCUCACCAUUGAUUAUUACUAUCCGGUGGUCUCGUUUGACGGCACGAAACGCAUGAUUCUCUCCACCACUUCUGUGCUGGGUGGAAAGAAUCCCUUCCUGGGCAUUGCCUACAUAGUGGUGGGUGCGAUAUGCAUCACCCUGGGCCUGGCCCUCCUGUUCAUCCACAUGCGAUGCAGCCGCAGCAUUGAGGUUGGAUAGUCGCGCAGCAACAUGGAGAUGAUCAACGUGAACCCGCACACGCAGUACUCCUAGGCCCUGGCGUACUCCCGGAUGCCUACACACUUAGCUUUAGUAGAUACAUCUGUUUAAGCCUCCUCUUCUUUUCCAGCAUAAAGUAGUUACUAUUGACCAA